AUGUGUGCACCAAAUUACUUCCCAUAUCCAAGUGGUGGAAUUAUUUGUGGCUUAACAAUAAUUUUAUUAAUGGUAAUCAGUCUUUCAUUGAUUCUUUGUGCCGUUGCGGCUGCUAUUGCGGCUUUUUCAAGAAGCCGUCAACAGCGCAUACCAACAAACGUUGACGCUACCACUAAUGCUGGUUAUGAUAUUCAUUAUCAUCCACCACGUGAACAUACCGUAUAUUAUACGGAUCAUAGCAGGGAUCGAAGUCUUUAA